UCUCGUUCUGUCCCCCUCAUUUCCCCUUUCACCCGAGCAAGCGAACCCUAGGGGCAGCGACAACGGCGUCCGCGAGCGGCUACGGCGACGGAGCUGUGUGCCGGCGGCGCGGCGGCGGAUUUCUGUGCGAGGCGGAGUUGCUGGCGGUGGCAGAGUUGCUAGCGGCGGCGUGACGGAGUUCUGUGUGCUAGCAGCGUGACAGUGAGGUUCUGUGCGGCAGCGGAGUUGCUGGAGGCGACGGACUUCUCUGGCCUCCGGGCAGAAAACCCUAGUUGAAGGUGGCGAGUGCGACGGCGCGGUGACGACCUCAGGGGGCAACGAAGGCGACGACCACAGGGGAAUCUAGGCCGGGAAGGGGAUGUGACAGGAGGUUCUCUGGGAAUCCAGUCCCAUGGGAUGUUCUUCCAUGGAUAAGGAGGAAGAAGAAACAAGUACUUGGUUCUUCUCGCUAGAGUUAAAGGUUGAAGGGUAUUCAUCGAUAGAUUCAGAGGGUAUAAGAAGGUACACUAAGGGCUGUGUGCUAAAGUGGGAUGUUGAGUAUGGUAGUUUUUCGCUUGAUUUGCUGAUGUUAAGUUUAAGCUCAGAGCUAAGUUCGAGCGAUUAGCAGACCCCUACAGUGUGGUAUCUGAACAAGGUGUUGAAUGAGGACGUUAGGAUUGUUGAGGAAUCACAAUUGGUUGAAAUGUUUGAGAUGUACAAGGAUGAAAUGCAUGAUGAACUUAUGGUUAUAGCGGUUGAUAGUGCAUUGUGUGAUGAGAGUGCUAGAACCGUAGAACCACCAGAGCCUUUGUGUGUUCUUCCACCUAGUCAACCUGGGCAGUUUGCAUCUGCAUCUAAAGUGGCAGAUUCCAAUGAACCUGCAAACAAAGAAACAGAUGAUACAUUGCCUGAUGUGUUUGAUUUGGAGGAGGAGUAUGUAGGGGUGAAUGAUGAGGGGCUUUAUAUUGAAUGCAAUCCUCCCAUUGGUACUGCUGAUGCAUCUUGUGCUGUACCUGAUGAUGAAAACCCUGGAGAGCCUUCUGGGACUGAUCAACCUAUUGGAGAGGUUGAGGUCACUGAUGAUGAUCCAGAGGAGUUCAAUGUGUUGCAUAACCCCGAGAUGCCAGUCAUUGAGGAGCAUUCAAUUUUUUCUGACAUAACCACAUUCAGAAAAGCAAUUAGGCACUAUACUGUUGUGAAAGGCCUAGAGUUGCCACAAAAAAUGAAGAGAGCAGCAGGAAGGCCUAGAAUACAAAGGAUAAGAUGUGCACUUGAACCUGGUGCUAAGAGGGUGAGAUGCAAAAGAUGCCAAGGCUUUGGCCAUUUUGAAAAAACUUGUAGGCUUGCUGAAUCACAGCACGUGGGUGAUGAGGGUACUGGUGGCACUCCAAGAAAGAGGAAGAGGACAGAGGAAGCCUCAUCAAGCCAGGCCGGCAAGAAGAAAAAAACAGCUGCGAAGAAGAAAACCCCCAAGAAGACCAAAACCCCUCAGAAGAAAAAAGAUGCAAGGGCUGCUGCCAAGCCGCCGGCUAGAGUAGUUAGGAAUUUAUCUAGUUGGCUGUCAUCUUGAAUGGUGUAAUAUGUGGCUGCAGUAGUUUCUGAAGCAGACAUUUUUUUUGGGCACAAACCUUGCUAUUGGCUGUUGGGUUCUGUUAUCAUUUUGGGACAAACCUUGCUGUAUGUCCAGUUCAGUACUUGUAUGUCCAGUUAAGUACCUGCUAUUUUGGGACAAACCUUGCUUUAUUCCCAGCUUGAACCUUACUGGUCAGUAUGAUA